UUCAACGUCAGUACAUCCGCUGUCCCGACAGCAGACGUCGACGGAACCACGCACGAAGGAUCUACCAAUCCCAAUAUACAGUUUCAACUAAGUGUUCCCAAGAACAUUGCAGUUAUCCAGAAUGUGACCCUGGUAAAUAAAGAUGGUAACAAUCUGAGCCAACUACAGUACAAUCCAGGGACUGAUCUUCUUCCUGCAAUCAACAUUCCAGAACACAAGCUAUCUAAUGAACCGUUCUACUUGCAGCUAACAGCUAGCACAAAUGAUGGUGAAGUCGUUGAACGUUUAGUGGAAGUAAAUCACCAAACAGCAAGUUAUGAAACUCCUUAUACUGCAGAUGUGUUACCCCAGUCAACCCUUCAGGUUCAAAGUGGAUAUACAAUGACCUUGGUUUUCAAUGUCACAAAUCACUAUCCUGCACUUGCGCAACUUACUUUCACAUGCCAGGCCAAGGAUUAUCGCUACAUCUUCUCACAGCUCUUCAUCAAGCCUCCAAUGGCUGGCAUACCUCCAGGAAGAUCCAUAGAAGUUGUAGUAACAGGAGUAAUCAAUAAGAAUGUACCACAGGGUACAAUGGCUACAAUUGAGUUUUCAGUUCGUUCAUUUUGGGCAUCAUAUCCGCCUGUCAACCGUGCUGUUUACUUGUCUGUAGGAGUACCACCAGUCCCUGAUUCAGACAAUCCAACCAUCAACUAUUCAGUGAAGAACAAUUGUAAGAAUGUGCCCCAAGAGAGUUGUUCAACUUCUGCAUGGAAUAUGGAGGCCACUGUCCAAGACAGUCACUCAGGGCUCAUCAGUGUGUCAUCUAACCCAAGAGGUGUUCAAUUCCUAACCAGUUUCACUGCAGGUACUAAGACAGCUGUUCCAAUAACAUACAGAGCUUCUUGCUGUGCCCCCACUAUUGACAUCAAAGCCACAGAUGCAAAAGGCAAUUACAUCACCCAGCACAUUGAUGCCAAUGCUGGUAAUGAAGGACUAUCUGAUGCUGGAAUUGCAGCAGUCAUCUUGGGAGUUCUACUUAUACUCAUUAUUAUUGUUGUCAUCGUUCUGGCCAUUUUACUUUGUAAGAAACGACGAUCACAUAAUCUCCAACUUUCUUCACAUUAACUAAUGAUAAUGUAUGGAACUGUUUUCAUCUUAUAACAAAUUCAGAACAAAUACAAACAAUCAUUCAUCAUUAAAGAGUAAGAUUAUUAUUGACAGUUUAUAACAUUUUGAAGUAAGCUCAUCUAAAUACUUCUGAACAUUCAGUCCCUAUCUCAAUGAAAAUUACUACACUUCACCAUUAUAAUGAGAUGGUUAAUGCUGUUUAAGAAAAUAAUCACCAUUUACUCUGACAAUCAUGUGAAACCCAUAAAUACACUCUUUGGAAGAAAUGUAAAAUAACUAACUUAAAGUAGGUGGUACAUACAGUUACCACUGGACAUUCAAGGAUUAAGAUCAGCAAUUGUUAUCUGAUUCACAUCCAUAAAUACAUCAUGUUAUUAUUGUUAAGAAAACCAUUACAAGGUUCAUGAAACUUGGGUUUUGAAGCACUGUCACAUAUUGUAAAUCCAAUAUAACUUACAUAAGUUUCAAACUAAAUUAAAACCUUCUGUAAAGUACAAUUCAAUCUGCAGUAUGUUAGUUGCACAAUACAGCUAACCAUAUUCAAAUUACUAUAUUCAAUUACAACUCUUCAAACAAGAUGAUAUUAACAAAACAAAUUAUUUCUAUAAUCCACAACAUUUUGACUCAUACAAAGGAGACUAUCAUUACCAAAGUCAAAUCAAGCAACAAAAAGAUAAAUUUGGAUAUGUUACUGAAUGUAAUCUUGCAUUACGUCUAGGAACGGCAUGUCAAACAUCUCAAUGUUUGCUAAUGUCACAGCAACACAAAUGUGUUAAAACAAUGUUUUCAUCUCAGGAUUAUAUAAAAUAGUAUUAAAAUGCAAGAAUAAAGAGCCUAGACACAAGGUAUUAUUUAAAAAAAUUAUAAAAUUUCUGAAUAAAAUAAUUCUGAUAAAUAGGCCUA